AUGCCAGUGACAGAGUGCCAGCCCGACCAGACGAAGGAGACGAAGCAGGCCCGACCCGGGGAUAUCCAGGUGGAGCCAGCACAAGGCGAGGCUCUGCUGUUCUUUGUGUAUCGGAGUGAGUUUGACCGCCGCGUCAGGAACGCCAUUAUCAAAUUCAGCGGGAGGAUCAAGUCUUAUGGCGGGAAGAUCCUCGGCAUCUCCACACAUGUGAGCACACAUGUGACGGCCAUUGCCUUCCCCUCACAGCACAAGGCCAGGUUCUGGUUCGUCAGUGAACCGGAUGUGAAGCAACACGACUUCCCGCCCAUCUCAGAUGGCUUCCAAGUAUUCUCUGUCCCCAUCAGAUAUAUCCCCAAAGUCGGCCGACAGACGUACUGCUGGACGGAGAUCAGCCGCAUCAGGAGCAAUGGGUCGUACCAGGCGGAGUACGUGGACAAAGUGUCCAACCUGUUCGACAGCAGGGGCGUCAACCAUGGCCUGGUCUUCAUCAAGGAGAAGGAGGCCUCCCAGCUGGACAGACUGAAAGAUUGCUGGAUUCAACAGAACGCCCACUUCAGGCUCGACUUGUACAACUCGGAGCAGGAGUACUGGGAGAUCUACAACACAGAUUCCUUCCAGCAACUGAAGGAGACUCGGGAAGGCCUCAGUGAAACGACUACAGUUCUCUUUACCGUCGACCCCAAGAUCUCAUAGCCGCCUUCUUAACAUAUUACACAACUAUUUUAACAGUGAGCUUUCAUUAGGAAGAAAAACUAUGAAAUUACAUCCUGUAUAAAAUGACCAGGUCAGCUUUCCUCCGAUUUUUUCUUUUGCGCAGAAAACUCGUCAGCAUUCACGGCAGCAUAUUUCAGGAAAUAAAAAAUAUUUCUUGUGAUAAAUUAUAAAAUUGAUAUUCGAUUGGUAUUCAUUGUCGGAUAUGACCAAACAUAUAUUGAUCGCAUUGAGACUUUAUACACGGUAUAUUGUAAUUGCAUAUGGUGGGAAACGGCUCUAUAUCCGUUUUGAUGGCCUAAUCUUUCAGGGCGCCGUUCCACUAACCGAUUUUUUCUAAGAUCAAUCUUAGCAAGGUACGCCAGUUUUACAAUCGUCUUAGCUAAAAGUUACACCCGUUCCACUAACCGAUCUUAGGCCGAUCGUAGCCGGUCCCGAUC